CAUCCUGCGGUGAGGAAUGUGGUCAGUGUUUUAAUGAUACAAAGUGUUACCAUAUCGACGGUUCUUGUUCAGAAGGAUGUUCUGCAGGAUACGAAGGAUCUAAUUGUAAAAUGAAAUGCAGCGCUGGAAUGUAUGGUUUUAACUGCAAUACACGCUGUGGCCACUGUCUUGACGAUACACAAUGUCAUCACAUUUAUGGGAACUGCUCACAAGGAUGUUCAGCUGGAUAUAAAGGGACGCAUUGUACUGAAGAAUGUGAUGGUGGUUUGUAUGGAUAUAAAUGCAAUCAGAGCUGCGGACACUGUCUUAAUGGUACUCACUGUCAUCACAUCACUGGAAAAUGUCCAGGCGGGUGUAUUGGUUACAAGGAACCAUACUGUAAAGAUGAAUGUGACGGCGGAAUGUAUGGUACAAACUGCAUCCAAACAUGUGGAAAGUGUCGUAGUGCGAGACAGUGUCACCAUAUUAACGGUGAAUGCUCAGAAGGAGGAUGUGCUGAUGGAUUUGGGGGAUCCCUCUGUAGUGAGCCAUUAAAAACCGAAGAAAAUACUCUUCCAGUAGUUGGGGGAUCCAUCGCUGCUAUUGUUGUUGUACUCGUUGUUAUCAUACUUGUUGUCAUCUUUAUUAGGCGGUCGCGGACUUUGAAAGGGACUGAUCAAGAAACAAUGAAGACCAAUGAAGAGAUAAACACAUUUAAAAAGACGGGGUUUACAGAUAUUUAUGAGAAUACAAAAGGAUUACCACAAUUCAAGGAGAAAAAGAUAAAUUCCGAAAAUUUCCAAAAAACGGGUAUAGAUAUCACAUUAGGAAACAACGAGCGCGAAGAUGAUAUUGACAACGACGAAAAACUACAUGACGAAAAGCCAUAUGGAGAUUUCUAUUUAAAUGAGGAAACAAUCCCAGAUAUAGAUAUUGACAAAUUGGAGAACGUAAUAAAGGAAAAAAGGAAAAAUGAAGAUGAUGGUUUUAAAAGGGAAUAUGCAGCCAUGCCAUAUGGUGAGAAGUACCCUUGCGAUGCUGGAAAGCUACCAGAAAACGUGCCGAAAAACAGAUUCAAGACCACAUUUCCAUAUGACCAUUCAAGAAUCAUAUUGUCAGAUAGCCAGUCUGACUACAUUAACGCUAAUUAUAUUGACGGUAUUGCCAAGUCAAAAGAAUAUAUUGCAGCACAAGGGCCUCGACAAAACACCAUUAAGGACUUCUGGACGAUGAUUUGGCAGGAAAACGUAGACCAAAUAAUCAUGCUGACCAAUCUCAAAGAAGGAAAGAAGGCGAAAUGUUCCAAGUACUGGCCAGAUCUGUAUCAGUCUAUAUCAUUUGGUGUCAUCUCGCUACUGGCUGAAGAGGAGCAAAUGUACGCCAAUUAUAAAAUCCUGAAAUUUAGAGUAACCCAUAAAGUGCAUAAAAAAUCCCGCAUUGUGACCCAGUACCACUACACUGCCUGGCCGGAUCACGGGAUUCCGGAACCGCUCUGUCUUGUAGUGUUGCAUGAUCACGUGACAAGGACGAUGGAUCAACAAAAUGCUGGUCCCAAAUUAGUUCAUUGCAGCGCAGGGAUAGGGCGGACUGGUACUUAUAUUGCUUUAGAUGCUUUAUACAAGGCGGGAAAAUCAGAGAGGAAAGUCAACAUCGCGGAAUACGUGAAGAAAAUGAGGGAAGGCAGAAUGAACAUGGUCCAAACUUACGAACAGUACCAGACUAUUUUCCUCGCGCUUGAAGCAGUGUUCAAAGCUCCAACAUGUGUCUUCACCAAACCUGAAUUUACAAGGAAGGCAGAGUUAAUGACCCAGGAUAAACCAGCCAAUGAAAGCGAACUUAGAAAAGAGUUCCAGAAUCUCCUAAGAGUAAGGCCCAGAUACACAGAAGCAGCCUACAAAUUUGCUAUAGAGAGCAGUGGAAGUAAAUUAGGUGUUCUUCCACUUGACAAGUAUCGCCUGUUCCUGUCAUCAAGUGUACCAAAACGCGGGAACUACAUCAAUGCCAUUACACUUCCUUCCUACACCAAGAACAAGGCAUUUAUAAUAACACAUUAUCCACCAGCAGGGGACGCUGUCGACUUUCUGCGCCUGCUUACUGACCACGAAUCAGAUAUAGUCAUUUGCAUGGAUCCCCUAACGAAAGUUGAAUCAACAAAGAUGUGGCUACCAGCUGCCAAUAGUAAGAAAUCUGUCGCUCCAUUCACUGUCAAUUGUGGACAAGAGCAAGUCACAGAUAUCAAAUGUUCAAUAAUCAACAUUAUCCAAGAUGGGGCAAAUGACGAGGGAUGUUCCGUGUCGAUCAUAGAACCAACAGGAAGCUUGAAAAUAGUAGAAAACUCACAGGCGACAAUACAGAUGUUACAUUUGGUUUCAUCUGCACUUCAAAGUAAAACUGAGGGCCCCAUUACAGUGGUCAGCAGUGAUGGGGCAGCCCUAUGUGGGGUGUUCUGCUCUGUGUUUAACACACUACAACAGCUAACUAUGGACGGAGAGGUGGAAAUUUUUACUGCCGUCCGUCAGUUACAGAUAAGACGACCGGAACUCUGCUCCAACCUGGAGGAGUAUAUGAUAAUCUACAAUGUUGUCCUGGACUACAUCCGGGUACAAGAGGAAACAUCAAAGGAAAACAUUUAUAGCAACCAAUGAUAACAUUCUGGAAUGAAAAUGUAAAUGACUUUUUGGGGGAAAGUUCCAGAAUCAAAAAUAUAGAUUUUAAUUGCAAUAAAAAAACAAUAGUAUAUCUCCUCAUCAUAUUGCGAUAACAUCUGUGUUCAUUUAAUUUCUAAAGUGCAUUAAACAAAAUGUAGGAAUGCCACUUAUUGUUUAAGUGGCUUUAAACUGGAAAAUAUUUAUUUUCAUGUACAUAUUUUUCGUUGCUAUAAUCUGUGUUACUUUUUAGGGCUUAUUCAUUACCUGAUGCACUUUAAAGUAACUAUGUUUAUGUUUACUUCUUUGCAAAAAAACCCACAUAAAUAUUCUUUCAUCUUCCUUAAUCGAAUAAAAAUUUCCCAUGCUUGAAAACACAGCAGAGAAAGCAUGUAGUCUUUUUUUUCAGGAAAAUUUCAAUUAUGUUUCUUUGAAUGUCUAGAAACACUAAUCAUUGAAUGUAAAUUUUGAAGUUAUUGAAAAUAAAAUUAUUGUAUUGCUUUUUGAAAUUUCGAACUUGAAUACUGUUCAUUAUCUCCAUAUAUUUCAUGCUAAAAGCUUAAGUCAAAUCUAUUUAAUGAACGGAACCUUCAGAUAUCAAGAAUUUGAAAAACAAGUUCUCUCAAUGAUGCUUUUGCUUAAGAAAUGUUGCUAGGUGACAUUUGGUGUACUAUGACAUAAUUUGUCAUUCUCCCAUGCAGAGUUGUCGUUCGUUCCUUUUUCAGACAUCUCUGGUAUAAAGGCAUUUCAACUA